AUGAGCAUUGUUUCUCUGUUUUUAGGACUCAUCUGUGGAUUGCUGUUGAUGUUUUGUUCUCACUUCCCAGGGGCAGGGAAAUGCCAGCUUAUCUGGGGAACAGAUGAACAGUUAAGCAAGGCCAUCCUGGAAAUGCUACAUAUCAAUAAGUUAUCCAUACCUCUCAGGACCAAGCCUCACCACUACAUGAAGUUAGUCUAUCAUCUACGAAACCCACCAGCCUUAAACAGCGAGGGGACUCUUGUGCAGAGUUUCAGAAGCAUCCAAGAUCCAGAUUUUGGCAUUCCAGGAUUGCUGUGGUUUAAUAUUUCUUACCUGACACCUUCCAUGAGACUUGCAGAAUUAGUUCUUCUCAGGAAGACACUACACCCAGAAUCGCUGACAGUAAAAGUAAAUGUUACUGUGCACAGCAUCUCCGUGGUCCAGGGAAAUCUCACAGAAAGCGAAGCCUUAGAUGAGAAAGUGCUGACAUUAGAUGAGCUACCACCAUCUGGUUAUGAUGUCUUUAACAUUUCAGCCAUUUUGAAUGAUACCACCUCAGAUGUCAUAGGCUUUCAGCUACGAUUCACAGAUGACAGUGGCAGCUUGGUUCUCCAUGAAGCUCUGACUAAGAGCCUGUACUGUUUGAACAGAUGCACCCAGAGUGAGCCCUUACUGGUGGCUUAUCGCUUCCUGGUGACUGAGCUAUAUGGUGGAAGUAAACAGCAGGUCACCAGAGAAUGCCAACACUGCGCUACAGAGAGAAGGAGAAACUUGCCAGAAGAUUCAAGGCUACAACAGUGCAGCCUUCACCAACACUAUGUGAACUUUCAGACAAUGCAACUGAGCCACUGGAUUCUGGAGCCUCCUGGCUUCUUCACAAGUUUUUGCAAAGGAGAAUGCUCUGACGAAGAAUUUGGAGAGCUCUCUGAAGCACAGCGGGGUGUAAUAAAUAAAACAGAAAACUGGAUGAGUCCCCACUGUGUGCCCCAGAAGCGAUCCUCCAUUAAUGUGAUGUACUUAUCUCAUUCAGAAGAUCUUGUGAUUGAAAGGCUGAAGGAUCUGCGAGUAGAAAGUUGUGCAUGUAAUCAGAUGUUUUGAUAAAGUCUAGGUCUCUAGUCAUCCCUAAAGAUUUGAAGCCUUUGUCACUACAGAACAGGAACUUUAUAGAUUCAGGGUGCAAAAAUGUAACCCUAUAAUCUUUGAGAUGCCCUGUUCCACUGUAAAGAGCCAGUUAGAUGUGUAAAUAUCACAGUCUGUACAGCAGAUGAUAACCA